CCCUCCCCUCCGGGUCGAGCCGCUGCUCCAGCUGCCGCCGCCGCCGCUGCCUGGCCGCCGGUGUCUCCGUGCUGUGCUCCCUCCUCGCCCCCCGCUGCUCCUGCCGCGUUACAUGCACCAUCAUGACGGGCAUCGCCGCCGCCUCCUUCUUCUCCAAUUCCUGCAGGUUCCGGGGCUGCGGGCUCCACUUCGAGACGUUGACCGACCUCAUCGUGCACAUCGAGGACAGCCACAUCGACACGGACCCCCGGGUGCUGGAGAAACAGGAGCUGCAGCAGCCCACCUACGUGGCCCUCAGUUACAUCAACAGGUUCAUGACCGACGCCGCCAGGCGGGAACAGGAAGCCCAGAAGAAGAAGAUCCAGCCCAAACUGUCCCUGUCAUUGGCUGGCAGUGUGUCGCGUAGCAACAUGUCCACGCCCCCCCGGCACAGCAGUGGCAGCCUGACCCCGCCCGUGACCCCGCCCAUUACCCCGUCCUCCUCCUUCCGAAGCAGCACACCUACAGGUAGCGAGUACGAUGAGGAGGAGGUGGAUUAUGAGGCAUCGGACAGCGAUGAGUCAUGGACCACCGAAAGUGCGAUUAGCUCCGAGUCCAUCCUCAGCUCUAUGUUCAUGAAUGGGGGGGACGAGAAGCCUUUUGCAUGCCCUGUCCCAGGCUGCAAAAAGAGAUACAAGAACGUAAACGGCAUCAAGUACCACGCCAAAAAUGGCCACCGGACCCAGAUCCGGGUGCGCAAACCCUUCAAGUGCCGAUGCGGGAAGAGCUACAAGACGUCUCAGGGUCUCCGGCACCACACCAUCAACUUCCACCCGCCCGUGUCGGCCGACAUCAUCCGCAAGAUGCAGCAGUAGCGCCGGUCGCCGUGCCAACAGAACCCUGCCACCUUCACCAGCGGCUGCUGAUCUCGCUCCCCCAGUCCACACUACACCAUCCAUUGCAUGCUUUAAGUUCCUUUUAUUUUAGAACCUUACUUUCUCUUCUAUAUUUUGGAACGAUGUGUCUUUUUAGAUGAUUUUGUACAUUUGCACAUUUAGCUAUGAAACCUAUUUUUCAUUCUUUUCAACAUACGGUGCUGUUUAAAAAAAAA